AUGUUGUGGUUAGGAUUUAUAAUGAUAACUGUGGUAACCGUUAUGUCAGCCAACAUUCAAAAUGACAUUAUGAAUGAUGACACAAAGGUUUUGCAAAUGCUGAUUGACUGCGAAGGAAGUGUGGCAUCUUUAAGAAAUGAGCUGAAAGCACGAGGCAAGCAACGGACACUGUAUAUAAGAUGGGGAAGAUCUUCAUGUCCAAGUGGGGCUACGACUGUUUACGAUGGAUUUACUGCUGGAUCUCAUUCGUACCACGAUGGAGCAGCAGCUAAUCAUAUAUGUUUAUCUAAAAAACCAAAAUAUCACUACUAUUCGAAAAAGCCGAAGUGGUCAACAUUGAUAUAUGGAGCGGAAUAUGGAACUUUAAACAGUAUUUGGAACAACUUACACAAUCAUGAUAUCCCGUGUGCCGUUUGUCAUGUUCCGCGUUCAAGUAUCAUCAUGCAUCCUGGACGAAACGAUUGUCCAGACAACUUCAAGUUAGAGUACGGAGGUUACCUAAUGGCUGGUCAUUAUGGACAUGACGCAGCUACCGAGUUUGUCUGCUUUGACGGUAGUUCACAUGCUGACAAAUAUUCAAGCUCAGCAGAUCACGACGGGUCGUUGUUUUACUUUGUUGAAGCGGCAUGUGGCGCAUUAAAAUGUCGGCCUUAUGAAUCGGGGAAACAGAUCACGUGUGCUGUGUGUUCAUAUUCUCCUUAG